GUCAGCCCACGUUCUGAUUGUAGGUACCCGGCGCCUUCCUCUUCCCAUCGCGGCGGCUCCUGUCGGCGGGUAUCUCGCUCGCACCUCCUCCCGGCUCGGCUGGCCCCGGGCGCUGCCGCCGCCGCCGCCGCCUCGCCGCUUCUCGGAGCCGCCGCCGCCCUCGGCCUAAGAGGUUUUCACAGAGGAUAAUUCCAGUAUUCCUGCAAAGCCACUUCUGAAAAUGAGGCUGUGUGAAGGUGGGUAUGCCUCGAUAGCCUGAGGACCCUGAAACUUCGUCACACUGCACAGGUUUUAAAAUGGAACACUUCGAUGCGUCACUUAGUACCUAUUUCCGGGCAUUGCUCGGCCCCCGAGAUCUCAGAGUGAAAGGAUGGUUUCUUCUGGACAAUUAUAUCCCUACUUUGCUCUGCUCCAUCCUGUACUUGCUAAUUGUGUGGCUGGGACCAAAAUAUAUGAAGAAGAGGCAGCCGUUCUCUUGCCAGGGGAUUUUAGUGGUGUAUAACCUUGGACUCACGCUGCUGUCUCUCUAUAUGUUCUGUGAGUUAGUGACGGGAGUAUGGGAAGGCCAGUACAACUUCUUUUGUCAGGGCACACGCAGUGGAGGAGAAGCAGACAUGAAGAUCAUCCGCGUGCUCUGGUGGUACUACUUCUCCAAGCUCAUCGAGUUCAUGGAUACCUUCUUCUUCAUCCUGCGCAAGAACAACCACCAGAUCACGGUCCUGCACGUGUACCACCACGCCUCCAUGCUCAACAUCUGGUGGUUCGUGAUGAACUGGGUCCCCUGUGGCCAUUCUUAUUUUGGUGCCACACUGAACAGCUUCAUCCAUGUCCUCAUGUACUCGUACUACGGUCUGUCUUCCGUCCCUUCCAUGAGGCCGUACCUCUGGUGGAAGAAGUACAUCACGCAGGGGCAGCUGCUGCAGUUUGUGCUGACCAUCAUCCAGACCAGCUGCGGGGUCAUCUGGCCGUGCGCCUUCCCUCUCGGUUGGUUGUAUUUCCAGAUCGGAUACAUGAUUUCUCUGAUCGUCCUCUUCACCAACUUCUAUAUUCAGACCUACAACAAGAAGGGGGCCUCCCGGAGGAGAGAGCACCGGAAGGACCACCGGAACGGCUCCGUGGCCGCCGUGAACGGCCACACCAGCAGCUUUUCUUCCCUGGAAAGCAAUGUGAAGCUGAGGAAGCCGCGGAAGGACUGAGGCCCGAGGGUGGACAGCCCCUGCGCCGCGUCAUCUGAUUGUAAGCACAUAGGAAUUGUGCCCAACGCUGGUUAACAGCUGCUGUAACUAGUCGGCCUACAGUAGUGUGACUCACGUAGGACCUCUUCCAUCAGUUCCAAACCCUUAGAAAAUGUAGACAGAUUAUCCAAGUAGGCAUGAGAUUUUUAACAUUUCUGGGCUCUCACCGACCCCUGCGCUAGACUGUGGAGGGCGUGUUAUUGUAGUACACGACACUGCUGUUGCCUUAUUAGUUAUAACAUGAUAGGUGCUGAAUUGUGAUUCACAGUUUAUAACACUGUAAUCCAAAUUUUUUUUUUUUUACUGUAGAUCAUGCAUGUGAUUGUAAAUUUGUAUAAUGUUGUUACAGUAGAGAAACACACAUGCCUUAAAAUUUAAAAAGCAGGGCCCAAAGCUUAUUAGUUUAAAUUAGGGUAUGUUUCAAGUUUUUAUUCAUUUCUAACAGCUCCAUUCAGAAAAAUCAAAGACCGUGAUUUAUGAAACUAUUGUGUGACACGUAAUUUCAAGUGACUUGUACGUGUGAAAUCGGCACCUUCAGUUUUGUAAUAUUGGCUUUAAAUCAGGCAGGUUCAAAUCUAGUGAAACAGUCAGUUUAACUUUUUAACAGAUCUUAUUUUUUUAUUUUGAGUGCCACUAUUAAUAAUGUAAAAAGGGAGGGGGUUCUAAAGCAGUCUUGGUGAAACAAAUAUAUGUUCUUUGUCUUCAAGAUUUUAGGAAGUGUAUAGGAUGAGUAGGCUGUUUUAAAUUUCAGAAGUGCUGAGUGUUUUUAUACAGGAAACAAAGCCCAUUUUGCUUUCCACUUAUGGGGGAAGAUACAUACUUUUCAAGAGAGAUGACUGAAUACUUACCAUUUGACAGAGUCCCAUAGAUGAGCAGUGGGGAACGGGUUGCCAGGGUCCAAAUUUGGACUGAUUUCUGUACUGCUAUCUGUUUUGACACAAACUUCCUUUGAAAAUGUGCCUAGCAUACCAAAAUGAAUAAGGUGGGGGUGGGGGGAGGACCGUAGAAAAAUUUAAGGUAAAAUUAAACAGAUAGCUGCAGCGUGAGAGAACUAGGGAACUGGAUAAAGAUGGUUUGUUUAAUGUAAAUCUAAUAGCACCUGUGUUUUUUUUUUUUCCCAGCUUCAAAUCUAAAGAUUUGUUUAGAAAUACUUGUUUAAAACUAUGACUGCUUAUCAUAAAAUCAUGUCUCACACCUUAGAGGCAGUGGUCAAACAGAUAAGGACUGUUGCGUGUGUCAUUUUAAAGUGUUGGAAUUUAGCCUCUGAAUACCUUCUCCAUUAGAGGAAAAAAACAUUCAUUGAACCACUCAUGACACAUCUGAGAAGGUCAUUGACAAUGUAUAAAUGAAUUGUCGGUUUGAUAUUUAUGUAAAUAUCAGUUUAUCAUGCUUUAAUUUUGCACAUUCAUAUUACAGGGAGCCAGUUGGUUCUCUUAGUCUUGUGGGUUUUCUGUUUGGAAGGAGUCACAGCAUCUGUUUACAUUUACCUUAUCAAAUCUAGAAUGUGUAUAUUUGUAAAUGUAUGUCUUCCUAGGUACUAGUUUGCGAAUGUCUUUACAUAUUUCAAUACAGAAACUAUAACGUUCAAUAGUGUGCUGUCAAAGUGUGCUUUAGCUCAUCUGGAUAUACCCACAAUGUUAAAUAAUGUCUAAACAUUAAUCAUUAAAAUGUUUUUGAUUACCUGUG